AUGCAAGAGCUCCCCACCACGAGCCUUAUCCACGAGUCCCCUCGCUAUGUUGCAAAGGCGCUGCUUGAGCUGCCGACGGCCAUCUGGGCGUCAAACACGAACAUCAAGCGCCGCUCAACAAAGCUCGCAAAGGGACAGCGUCGCAUGGCCAACAAGGCGCGGAAACUGCAAACUUUGGCGCUGCAGGGCGAAUCUACGCCGAACCAGGCGUCAGCCACCACAACCACUACGACCGGCACACCCGCAACCACAACCACAACCACAACCACUACGCCCGGCACACCCGCCACUGCCGACACCAGUGCAGCACCCGACAUGUCACCAAAGAAGGCGCCAACGCCUCCUCCCACGCGGCCAAAGCCAAAACCACGGCCAGCCACGCGCCCCAAACCCAUCAUGGAUGACAGCAUGGGCGUCAGCGUUGCGUCUGCGCUUCCACCGCACCUCUCUCCAUCACGCGCAGGCAGUGCAAGUGGCGUGCUUGGUGACAACACCACAACCAGCACCAGCAGUGAUGGCAAUGACAGUGGCAGUGGCAAUAGCGGCUUCAACCGGAGCCAACGUCCAAGCAUCAAGCUGCAGUCCUUCACGGGCGAGGCGACUGACACUGACAGCGGCGAUGUGGGUGCGACAGCAGCAAAGCGGCUGGCCACAAUUCUCGACCUCCAAAACUCCACCAAUGACGACGAUGACGAUGAGGAGGAUCCAUAUGCGUCGUGUGAGGAUCUUGAUGAUGAAGAGGAUGAAGCGAGCGGUGUCACUGGCCAGUACAACGUGCGCGCGCGUGCGCAGGAUCUCGGCAAUCCGAAUGCGGAUGUUGGCGUUGCCUGCAAGCACGAGGAAUCGUCUCCAUAUCCCAUGGCGUCUGCAUCCAUGCAGCACAUUGCCGAUGCCAUUUCAAACGCCUACGGCGACGACGAAGAUGACGACGAAGGCGAAGAAGACGAAUACGGAUACGACAGCGCAACCACCGACGACGAUGAUGAUGAUGAUGAUGAGGAGGAGGAGGAGGAGGAGGAGGAUGUGGGCGUGUCAACGUUUUCGCGUGUGAAAGCGAGUGUACGCCGCGCAAAGAAGCUGAAGACGAAGAUUGAGGCGCCAACAGACCAGCCGUGGUUCAAAGCGGCUGUGCACCGCAGCGAUCUCGUCACGCUCAAGGAGGACCAAUCGUCCGGAAGGUUUCUGGUGUAUCCCAGCAAGCACGACAUUGGAAACUACUGUGUCAGCGUGUCGACAGGCCCGGGCAAGGUGUGGACGGGCGUUGUGAUCCACUACGGACCUCAGCUGCAGAUGGAGGACGCAGGCGUGUCGUUUCAAUCGUGGCAGGAGUGGAUUGCACACUACUCCGUGCAUCCGCUGGCAUGCGGUGUCACGCUCACCGGUCCAAAUACCAGCGCUGACGAUGAUGGUCUUGAUGCUGGCGUAGAGGCAGACGUGUCAUCCGUUGCAGCCGAGAAGAAUGGGAUGAGUGCUGAGAAGACAGAGCAGAGCGGGCGGCAGCAUGUGCCGAGUGUUCAUGUGAACGACGAUGUUGGUGAGACCAACCCACCUUCAGCAGCGGCUGCUGUGGACGUUGAGAGCAAACGCGACAGCGUUGCCAUCAGUUCAGUUGGAAGCCGCCGACACUCCACGCUCGAAUUCACUG